AUGGAUGGAGGAGCUAAUCUGGAUGCGCAAAUAGAGGUGCUGUUGAAUGUGGAGAAGCAGAUGAGACUCAACGGCGAUGUGGCCGGCACAAGGAAGGCCGUUACAGAAAUUCUUCAACUUUGCUUUGAAGCUCGUGCUUGGAAAGCCCUCAAUGACCAGAUUGUAUUGUUAUCCAAGCGACGUGGUCAAUUGAAGCAGGCCGUAACUGCGAUGGUCCAGCAGGCAAUGCAAUACAUUGAUGAGACACCGGAUCUUGAAACUAGGAUAGAGCUCAUUAAAACCCUUAACAGUGUUUCUGCUGGAAAGAUAUAUGUGGAGAUUGAGAGGGCUCGUUUGAUCAAGAGACUUGCAAAGAUCAAGGAAGAACAAGGGCUUAUAGCUGAGGCUGCUGAUUUGAUGCAAGAAAUUGCGGUCGAAACAUUUGGUGCAAUGGCAAAAACCGAAAAAAUAGCUUUCAUUCUUGAGCAAGUUCGUCUGUGUUUAGACCGCCAAGAUUAUGUGCGUGCUCAAAUACUCUCAAGAAAAAUCAGUCCUAGAGUUUUUGAUGCUGAUACUAAAGAAAAGAAAAAACCCAAAGAAGGCGAAAAUAUUGUAGAAGAGGCUCCUGCUGAUAUACCAUCCUUGUUGGAGUUGAAGCGGAUCUACUAUGAAUUAAUGAUACGAUUCUACUCGCACAGCAAUGAUUACCUUGAAAUUUGCCGUUGUUACAAGGCAAUAUAUGAGACCCUCUAUGUGAAGGAAGACCCAGCUCGGUGGAUUCCAGUCCUUAGGAAAAUAUGCUGGUACUUGGUUUUGUCACCACAUGAUCCUAUGCAAUCAAGCCUUCUGAACUCUACUUUGGAGGAUAAGAAUCUGUCAGAAAUUCCUCAUUUUAGGCUGCUGUUAAAGCAGUUAAUUACCAUGGAGGUCAUUCAGUGGUCACUUUUGUGGAAUACAUUCAAGGACGAGUUUGAGAAUGAAAAGAACAUGCUUGGUGGGGCUAUAGGUGCAAAAGCAGCAGAAGAUCUUAGAGAAAGAGUGAUAGAACAUAACAUCCUCGUCGUCUCGAAGUAUUACUCACGGAUUACCUUGAAUAGACUUGCGGAUCUGCUGUGUCUCAGUAUUCAGGAAGCUGAAAAGCAUCUUUCAGAUAUGGUUGUAUCCAAAGCGCUGGUGGCAAAGAUUGACAGGCCAAUGGGUAUUAUCUGUUUCCAGAGUGCAAAGGACAGUAAUGAUAUUUUAAACUCAUGGGCCAUGAACUUGGAGAAGCUGCUUGACCUUGUGGAGAAGAGCUGCCACCAAAUUCACAAGGAAAUGAUGGUUCACAAAGCUGCCUUGAAAGUUUAAAAUGCUGAUGUGACCAACUGCAGAUAGGCCUGUGUUUUAUUCGUUUUGAGCACCAACUGCUGGCACCAAAACGCGCUUUUCUUGUAACGGAGGAAGAGAUUAUGUGCUUUGCUUGCUUCUUCCAUCCUUAGAUCUCUUACAUUCACAUGGUUUCUGCCUUUCGUCUUUUGUGACUUAUAUAUGAUUUUCAUGAUUCAUUCAUUGUGAACAAUAUACCUAUGUUGUGACAUGGACUCAUCAGGUCUAUGUUGCUUGUGUAUUCAGACACGGACACAACAAUUGUUUAUGAAUCAGGAUAUGGAUUAUAUUUUGCUUUCAAAAUGUUGUGCUUUGAAAAGUUGGUGACUUGUAAUGUGCAAUAGCACCCUUGGUCCAAAUGUAGGUAUUGGGUUUAAA